AUGAACGGUCAAAACGAAACGCCCUACGACAGGCAGGUUUUCAUCGUUCCCAAAGGAGAAAACAAGUGGGAUAUCGUCAAGCGCAUUAAGUUCGCUGAAGGGACAAAAGUGCUGCGCAGCAGUAUCCGCAGCAUGUGCACAGGGAGGACCCUCGAGAUUGAGUACUGCAAGCAGUGCCGAGAGGGCAGCGUUGCCGUGCAGACCAGCUCGGGGAGGUUCCUGGGAACCAUGGCGGCUGCCUGGAGCAUCGGCGUGGCGGCGCUGUCGGUCGGCAUCGGGAGCUCCCCAGCCAUGGAGCCGCUCAUCCUCAGGCUCAAGGGCAUGGCGCGUUCCUGGCAGCCCCUGAAGCAGCGAGUUUCUGUCCGAUGCUGCGCAGGGCAAGUCACUCCUGAUCCUCGACCCAUAAACCCUCAACCCUAA